AUGCCACACAUUCUCAUCACUGGCGCAGGAGGUUUUCUGGGACAAGACUUGGCCGUUGCCCUCCAGAAGGCCGAUCCGUCUCUUGAUCUCACACUCACUGACAUCCACGAGCCAUCAAGCUCGUCAUCUUCAUCAACCGUCACACCACUCGCACUCAAUCUCACAGAUGCGUCUGCUCUGGCUUGGCUGUUGAAACCAAGCUAUGAUGCAGUAUACCUGCUGCACGGGUUGAUGUCUGGGGGUGCUGAAGCCAACCUUGAGCUGGGCUGGACAGUUAGCUUUGACUCGCAUCGCAUCAUCCUCGACACCCUGCGAAAGUCACAUCCAGGCACGAAAAGCUCUUACGGUGCACAAAAGCUCAUGAUUGAGACAUAUCUCAACGACUUCUCACGAUGUGGUCUGCUGGAUGGCAGGAUCAUCAGAUUGCCCACCAUUAAUGUACGUUUCGGUGCGCCUGGUGCCGCAGCAUCCUCCUUCUGCAGCGCAAUCAUCCGAGAGCCCAUCGCUGAGGUACCUACGACCCUGCCGGUGCCGAAAUCUCUGGCCCUGUGGGUGUGUUCCCCGACGAACGUCAUUGAGAACCUUAUUCGCAUCAAGGACGUGCCUAGUAGCAAGUUUGGCAUAUGGCGAACGGUCAAUCUGCCCGGCAUCACCGUUAUCGUGCAGGAGCUGCUGGAUGCAUUGCGCGACAUUCGAGGGGAGGACGCGUUGAAGCUGAUUAAGGAUGGAUAUGACGCUAAGAUUGAGGGUAUCGUCGGAAGCUGGCCGGCUCGGUUCGAGAUGAGCAGGGCUGAUGGUCUUGGUAUGAAGGCGGACGGUGGUCCGAUCGAGAACAUCAAGACUUUUGUGGCGCGGUACGGUCAAUAG